GUAUUUUUCAGCAAAAAAUCACAAAGUUAUUACCAGUGUAUAUUUAGAAAAUUUAAUUACACUGUAAUUACUUACAGUACUUUUACCACUUUUACGGUUUUAACUACUUGUACCUGCGAAUUUCUAAUUUCUACGCUUGUCUGAACUCCAUUCUUCCCAUCCUAAUCCUAUUUGUUCUCCUUCGCGGAGAUGCACGGGGUACGCCAAGUAGUCCGUUCGCUUUUUGUCGCAAUUCAAGCCUCGAAAUGCCAGGCUCAUUCCAGCGCAUUCAAAGAUCACUGCCUUGCGGUUAGCUCUCAGCCGGCUUCGGUAGUGCGUACACUGAGCACUUCAUCCCAGCACCUUGCUCGGGGUUCGCGCACACGAUCGGUCGCGGAUGACGACACUAGCGACCCUUACAGCCCCAGUUACCCGAGCAAUCCGGAGAUGCAGCCGUUUGCCCUGCCGUACGAUGCGGACUUGGAGGAUUUAGUCCCACCGAACGCACAUCAGGGCCAAACGGUAAGGAUCCAAAGUCAGCCUGACUACCGCGAACAUCUACACGAACCUCUGGAUAUGGAAAUUCCUCAACGACCUAGCAAAAUGCGACCCACGGAGCGCGCCAAACGAAUGCGGCCCGAUGUUGACCCGAAAUUGACCAGCAUCGUGCUCUUUCCCGGACAGGGUAGCCAGUUUGUGGGGAUGGGGAGGAAGUUGCUGGAAUAUCCGAAUGUGGCGGAGAUAUAUGCUGCCGCCAAUCAUAUUUUGGGCUAUGAUCUGCUAAAGUUGUGCCUACAAGGACCGGAAAAGGAGCUGGCGCGAACCGUCAACUGUCAAGCGGCUGUUUUUGUUACGGAAAUUGCGGCACUAGAAAAACUAAAAGAAGAUUAUCCUAUGGCAGUUGAAACUUGUGUGGCUACUUCCGGUUUUAGCGUUGGUGAAUUGGCUGCCUUGGUUUUUGCCGGUUCCGUUACCUUCGAGAAUGCUUUGAAGGUUGUCAAAGCCCGAGCUGAGGCUAUGCAGGCAGCUUCGGAAUUGGUCCAUGGCGGUAUGAUGACGGUGCAGAUCACACACAAGUCCAUUCUUGGCCAGGCUAUGGAGGUCGCGAAGAAAUGGUGCAAAGAAAAGAAGAAGAUUAACAAGCCGAUUUGCGGUGUAGCCAAUUAUUUACAUCCUGACCUGAAAGUAUUAGCCGGCAACGCUGAGGCUCUGGAUUUCAUCGAGGCCAAUCAGAAACUGUUCGAUAUAACUGUUGUCAAGCGUCUGAAUGUCAGCGGCGCAUUUCAUACCCGAUUAAUGGAACCGGCGAGGGAUGAAGUUUAUAAUACAUUGCGCGACGCAGAAUUAGUCCCGCCAAAAAUUAAAGUCUUCUCCAAUGUUACAACGCUACCGUAUACUGACGUUAAAAGCAUUGUCAAGCUGUUACUGAACCAGAUGGUUAGUCCCGUUCGAUGGGAGCAGAUCAUGCAUAAUCUCUAUGACUUCGGACAAGGGCAAGAAUUUCCCCAGACUUACGAGGUGGGACCAGGAAGGCAACUGGGCGCGCUCUUGCGGAAGGUUAAUGCCAAGGCUUUUAAUUCCUACACUGCCAUUGAAGUGUAGUAAUGUUCAGUGUGCUAUUAAUUAUGUGAAAAAUGCAUCCGGAAUAUAGUGGUGAAAACGCAGGGGUUUUAAUAAAAUAU